UCCAUGGUUACUUGGAAUCUUGUGGUGUUAUGUUUUUGUGUGUCUUGGGGUCCCAUAGGAAAGUACACAUUAUAAAUUUGCAUAUCUUAACUUUCAUCAGCUGUGAUGACGACUACAAACGAGAGUGAGCCGUCACAAAAAGCUGUUCCAGAAACCAGGCUUCAUGGAUCUUUGCAUCACCAUUAAAGGAGUCUCAUUCUUCCUUCAGACGGGGCUGGGAAUUCUGGGUAACGCAUCAGUGCUGAUGGCAUACGCUCAUAUCACUUACAAAGAGUCGCGUCUGCAGCCUGUGGACAGAAUUCUGGCUCACUUGGCUUUCAGCAACUUGCUGCUACUGCUGACACGUGGUGUGCCACAAACGGUAGUUAUCUUUGGCCUGCGCAACCUGCUGGAUGAUCCAGGGUGCAAAGUAGUGAUGUACUUCUACCGCAUCAACCGCGGCUUAUCUGUGUGCCUCACUGGCAUGCUGAGUUUCUUCCAAGCACUGACAAUUGCACCGUCAGCCGGGCGAUACCUGACCAAACUCAAAUCUCAUCUCUCACAGCUGGUCAUGCCCACCUUCAUUGGUCUGUGGCUCCUCAACAUGACUGAUUGCAUUCCCAUUUCAGUUUUUUCCAUAGCACCUCGGAAUGGCACCGUGCCUGCCUUCACCCUCAACCUUGGAUUUUGCCAUGUUAACUUUGGUAACAAUAUGUCCUACGUGGUGGUUGGUGCAGUCAUCUCGACACGAGACUUUGUCUUUGUGGCCGUCAUGCUGGCAUCCAGCGGCUACAUCCUCAUUCUCCUGCACAAACACAGCAGACAGGUCAGGUCCAUCCGACGCACUCAGCAAGGAACUUCCAUGGAAAUGCAGGCUGCGAAAACCGUUGUCAUGCUGGUGUUGCUGUACACCGUGUUCUUUGGCAUUGAUAACGUGAUAUGGAUUUACAUGCUGACCGUGGCCCAGGUUCCAGCUGUGGUAGUGGACAUGAGAGUGUUUUUUUCAUCAUGCUAUGCCACAUGCAGUCCUUUUCUCAUGAUAAGCACAAAUAAGAAGAUAAAGGAGAGGAUGGUGUGCGUGGCAGGAGAACAGUCAGCUGAGGACUCCGGAGACAAGCCAAACAUUAAGUGA